AUGCCUCAGCCCACCAUGUGUUCAACAACAUCAGUCGUGCAACAAACACACGUCAUGUGUGACCUGCUUAUCACAUGUGACGAGUUGCAGGCUCAAGGACGGAAUGAGCUGAUUGCGCGAUACAUCAAGCUUCGAACGGGAAAGACACGGACCAGGAAACAGGUCUCCAGUCACAUUCAGGUGUUGGCACGACGGAAAGCUCGGGAAAUUCAUGUGAAACUGAAGGACCAGGUUGCCAAAGACAAAGUCAUGCAGAGUAUGUCCACCAUGUCUUCUGCUCAGAUCAUCUCAGCCACAGCCUUUCAGAAUAAGAUGGCUCUACAGGGCCUCUCGCGGCUGACCUACCCGACCGCUGCUGGGUUUUGGCAUGGAGCUCUUGCAGCACAAGCCGCAGGCCCUGAAGAGGUCACAAAUAUGUCUUUUCCAAACAGCAUCAAGCCUUUUUCUCAGCAAAACUUCAUCAUGCAGGCCACCAGUCCUCCUCCUAUAGCAGGUUAUGAAAGCGCUUCGGGUCUGUCGGUGUCCUGGCAGGGCCGCAGCAUUGCCAGCUCCAACCUGCGCAUGCUGGAGUUCUCCGCUUUCCUGGAGCAACCUCAGGAUCCAGAGACUGUCAACAAGCACCUGUUUGUUCACAUCGGUCAGUCCAACCCCACGUUUAGCGAUCCGUACCUCGAGGCCGUGGAUGUACGGCAAAUUUACGACAAAUUCCCAGAGAAGAAAGGAGGGCUGAAGGAGCUGUUUGAGAAAGGACCGGCUAACGCUUUCUUCCUCGUAAAGUUCUGGGCAGAUCUGAGCAUCAACCUCCAGGACGACAGCAGCUUCUUCUACGGCGUAUCCAGUCAGUAUGAGAGCUCGGAAAAUAUGAUCAUCACCUCCUCCACUAAAGUCUGCUCGUUUGGGAAACAGGUGGUGGAAAAGGUGGAGACAGAGUACGCACGCUUUGAGAACGGCAGAUACGUGUUCAGGAUCCAUCGAUCGCCGCUGUGUGAAUACAUGAUCAACUUCAUCCAUAAACUCAAACAUCUACCAGAGAAAUACAUGAUGAACAGCGUACUUGAAAACUUCACCAUUCUGCAGGUGGUGACCAACAGAGACACUCUAGAAACCUUGCUAUGCAUCGCAUACGUGUUUGAAGUGUCCACCAGCGAGCACGGAGCCCAGCAUCACAUCUACAGACUAGUCAAAGACUGAGCCUCUCCACGGGCCACGGAUCCACAGACGCCACAGCGCUCCCUCCUGAACGCAGCCCAAACUCCUGCACUUCUUCUGCUCGGGUCGUGCCGACACACAGGGCAAGCGACUCUCUAGAAGCACUGCUCAGAGGCACAAGCAGAGAAUCUGCCGGAACGGCAAAUCUGAAUGUCGUGACAUUUGAAUUUAUUCUUUUGUAUAAUGAGAACUGUGAUAGCAGGACGAAAUGCAUGAGAACGUUCUUUGGUUUUUCUUCAUCUCAUUUUAGCCCCUUGUGUUUGUGUUAGUGUUUGUUAGUAUGGGAGUGAUGGUCACCUACCGGACGAGCCUAAGGUGGACAAACAGUGGUUUUUCUUCAUGUAUCAGGACAAACCUGAACGUCAAACGACAGAAUGUGUUUUUUCGUAGAUUUGCUAUAUUGUAUUUAUCAGCCAUGUUCUUAAAUGUGGAAAACUUAAACUUAAAUCAGUCUAACGUGAAAGAAACUCGGAAGACUCUGGGCUUUUCUCCACAACAAGGGUUUGUAAGAAACAGACAUGUAACUGUGUAUUUGACCUGACAGCAGAAUCAGUCAGUCAGAAACACUCUGAUAUUUGGAAUAAAGAGCGUGUGUUAUCCUU